AGUUGGUUGAGGUGUAGUGGGGUCUUCAUGGAGGGUCACGUGAGUUUGAUGACGUGUUAGAUCUGCAGUGGUGUAUUGGGGUGUGGAAGCUGACGUGGCAUCCACACCAUGACCAAACCAGAUGCUUUCUUCCCACUCUUUAAACCUCAUCACACAUUCACUCAAAGCUCCCCACUUUCCUUAUUCCCACUUCAUCAGUCUCUCUCUCUCUCUCGCUCAUCAAUGGCAACCAAACCAGCUGAAGAAGCUCCUGGAACCUUAAAAUACCAGACAUGGGUUUUGAAAGUCUCAAUCCACUGUGGAGGAUGCCAGAAGAAGGUCAAGAAAGUCCUUCAAAACAUUGAAGGGGUUUACACGACGGAGAUUGAUUCGCAGCAGCACAAGGUGACUGUGACGGGCAACGUGGAGGCGGAGACCCUACUGAAGAAGCUGUUGAAGUCAGGGAAGCAAGCUGAGCUUUGGCCAGAAGUUAAGAAAGCGAAAAAGUCGAAAUCAAAGAAUAAUAGUAAUAACAAUGAGAAGCAGCCUGAAGAUCAUAACCAUGAACAAGAUGGUGAUCAUGAUCAACCGGAUAAAACCGACGGCGGUGAUGAUGCUGACGACGGCGGUGAGUCCGACGCAGAGGGUGGCGAGAGUAAUGAAGCUGGUGGAGAAAGUGGUACUAGUCCUGCUGUUGGUGCUGGUGGUGGAAAUAGUGCAAGUACUGGGGCCAAAAAGAAGAAGAAGAAGAAGAAGAAAGCGCAAAAUGGUAAUUCCCCCACCGGCGGUGGUGCCAACCUCGGCGAGAAUGCUCCGCCUCCUGUGGGCAGUAUUGAGCCGUACAUGGCCGGUGGGCCAGAAAUGACUCAGCCGAUGGCCUCCAUGAAUCUUGGCCCACCAGUUCAGCAUACGUACCCCGGCCCGUACCCAACAUCAAUGUACUAUCCACCUCCAACGUACGGGCUAAGUUACAAUACGGCGUACCCUACCAGUACAAGUAGCUCAUACUUCGCUCCUGAUCCCAUGCAUACUGCUACGUAUUCUCAUCCAGGCAGGUUCUCGUUUCCUCUGCCGUCCUAUUCUAUCGAUGAUGAUGGUGAUGAAGAUACGUCCGUUAACAAAGAAUAUGGAAGUGGGUGCUACGUUAUGUGAAGAUUAUAAUUACGAGUGGUGUAUGUAGAAGUAGCUUAUAUAUACUUAGUAUGUACGGUGUGUACUUGGGGGAGGAAGGCAGGAUUAAUUUUGAUGUACUUAUAGUUCAAAGGGUGAAAGUAGGGGGAAAUAAAAGGGGUUGUAAUAUGAAGCUUAGCUUUAUUUACUUUGGUUUUGCGUAAGUAGGCCAAUAGCUUAAUUAAUGUUUGGUUAUUUGUAGGACCUAAAUCUUACUUUUCACUCAGCCUGAUGUGUAAAGUAGAUUUUUGUUUUAUGAAAUCUUUGUUUCUAUGGCAAUGAUAAGCUUUUUCAAGUUGUAAUUAGAAA